AUGGCCGACGAAUACAAUGCCGAGGCGGCGGCCGAGAUGAAGAAGAAGAGAACCUUCCGCAAGUUCUCUUACCGUGGUGUUGACCUCGAAGCUCUCCUCGACCUUGGCUCCGAUGAGCUGCGGGACGUUGUCCACGCCCGUGCCCGGAGAAAGAUCAACCGCGGUCUCAAGCGCCGCCCCAUGGGCCUCAUCAAGAAGCUGCGCAAGGCCAAGCAGGAGGCCAAGCCCAACGAGAAGCCCGACCUCGUCAAGACACACCUCCGUGACAUGAUUGUCGUCCCGGAGAUGAUCGGCAGCGUCAUCGGCAUCUACUCCGGCAAGGAGUUCAACCAGGUGGAGAUCAAGCCUGAGAUGGUUGGCCACUACCUUGGCGAAUUCUCGAUCUCAUACAAGCCCGUCAAGCACGGUCGGCCAGGUAUCGGUGCCACUCACUCUUCUCGUUUCAUUCCUCUGAAGUAA